AUGAAAUAUAAAGAAUGCUUGUUAGCUACAUUAAUAGCAUUCUGCAUCCUGGUUCAAUCUACAGACGCUAGAUCUAGACGAAAAUCCAGAGACAAAUCAAAAUUAGAAGCAAACAAAAAGGGUUCUCCCAACGAAAUUCAAAACCAAGAAGCAGACGAUAAUUACGAAGAAUAUGGAGAAAUAGGAAAUAAUUAUCAAGACUAUUAUGAUGAAAAUGAUGCUAAAAAUCCAACACCUGCUUCUAUAACCACUCAACAACCAGAAGAUGAACGAAUUCGCUUUCCAUCUUCUGGAUCUUCCAUAACUCCGCAGCCUGAAGACGAAAGACCUCACAUAAUUCAUACACCAUCUUCUGUUACCACUCCCCAGCCAGAGAAUGAACGACCUCGUCCAAAGCACGAAUCAACAACUGAAAUCUUCGUUCAGCCUGAUAAUGAAGUACCUAUCACCGAACAACUAUAUACCUGCAGACAGGAUGGGCGAGUAUUUCAAGAUAAGCAAAAGUGGAGAGUCAAUGAUUGUACGGAGUGCGCAUGCGUUAGAGGCAUUGUUGAAUGCAUAACUAAUGAUGAAUGCCUACAUAUACCCGGACCUCAAGGAGCUCACGGUCCUCAAGGAGAUCCUGGAUAUACCGGAGAACCUGGACCACCCGGAACACCUGGCAACCCUGGAGUUCCAGGUGUGCCCGGACCGCCAGGACCUAUACCAGAUUUGAGCGCAUUCUAUGAUCAGAUUGCAUCUCAGAAUAGUAAUAACGAUAAAGGUCCAAACUAUCCAGAACCAUUUCAAUUCCUUCAAGCACAGGUUGGACCAGCUGGAUCCAGAGGACCACCAGGACCAGUAGGACCUGUAGGACCUCAAGGUUUUCAAGGAGCUCGAGGGGAAACUGGAGAAACUGGACCAGUCGGACCUUCUGGACCAGCCGGUCCUAGAGGACUUCCAGGACCGCCUGGAAAAGAUGGACAACGUGGGGAUGAUGGUGAAAUGGGAGCUCCAGGUCCACAAGGAAUGUCUGGGACAAGAGGUCUUCCUGGAAUGCCAGGUCUUCCAGGAGUUAAAGGUCACAGAGGAUUCGCCGGUUUAGAUGGUAGUAAAGGUGAACAAGGUAACAUAGGUGAAAAAGGUUCACAGGGACUAGUUGGACCUAUGGGACUUCCCGGUCCAAUGGGUCCCGCGGGUGUUAGAGGCGAAAGAGGUAGAGAAGGACCACCAGGACCACCGGGAAUGAGGGGAAUUGAUGGUAUUGCAGGACCGCCUGGAUUACCAGGACCUGUCGGUGAAUCUGGUCGACCUGGUAAUCCAGGAGACUCUGGACCACCAGGAUCCCCAGGAAAAGACGGAUAUCCAGGAGCUAAGGGCGCCACUGGUUCACAAGGAAUAAUCGGACCUCCAGGAUUUCCUGGAGCUAGAGGCCCUCCAGGAUUAGCAGGAAAUGUUGGUCCAUCAGGAGCUAAAGGAAUAGCGGGAGUUCCUGGAGAAAGAGGUUAUAAAGGCGAUGUCGGAAUGAAAGGAGAAUCAGGAGCACCAGGACCCAGAGGUUUGCCUGGAAUACAAGGUCCUGAAGGAAAGCGAGGAAAAAGAGGAAUGAGAGGACCACCUGGACAAGCAGGUCCUUCCGGUGAAAGAGGACUUCCCGGAGCUAGAGGAAACCCUGGCCCAGAUGGAGCCCCUGGAGUUAAAGGCCAAGCUGGAGAACGUGGUAUGACUGGUCCACAAGGACUCAGAGGUUCCCAAGGUGAAACUGGUAGACCAGGACCCCAAGGGUUACAAGGACUUCGCGGAAUUACCGGUAGAACCGGACCUGCUGGCAAAGUUGGCUCCCCGGGAGAAAGGGGACUACCAGGCCAGGACGGAAAAUCAGGCCCACAAGGACCUCAGGGUAUCCAAGGACUUCCAGGCAUUCCCGGAUCUCCUGGAGAAAAAGGAAUAAGCGGCGAACCAGGAAAAGAUGGCGAACCAGGUCCCAUUGGACCUGUUGGACCACGAGGAGAUGCUGGAAAAGACGGGCAUCGUGGACCUCAAGGCCCCCACGGUCCUCCAGGUAUGGACGGAGAGCGUGGUGCCCCAGGUGUAGAAGGACCAAGAGGUUUUCAAGGACUUCCAGGUACACCUGGAAAUCCAGGACAACCAGGUAAAGAUGGUGAACCCGGAAUGCAAGGUCCAGUAGGAUUACCAGGUCCGCAAGGAUUGCGCGGUGAAAGAGGUUUCACGGGAGAACGCGGAGCACAAGGACUGAUAGGACCAAUGGGUCCCAAAGGAAGUCCAAUGGGAUCAAAAGGUCACUCUGGACUUCCAGGUUUAGUCGGUUUACCAGGAUUGAGAGGACAGCCAGGACAACAAGGAGAUAAAGGAGAACGAGGAUCUAUUGGCCCUGCUGGUCAAGAAGGACCUCAAGGACGACAAGGAGAACGAGGCCCAAUGGGACCAGGAGGACUUCCAGGACCACCCGGAGAUAAUGGUUCACCAGGUGAAUCUGGACCCGCUGGUAUGCCUGGAGAACAAGGUGCAUCAGGAGUACCUGGAGAAAGAGGUCCGCUUGGUCCACCAGGUGCUCAAGGUUUUCCAGGGUCCCCAGGACUUAUAGGAUUGCCUGGUCUGAAAGGUGAAAGAGGAUUUAAUGGUAUUAAAGGAGCUCAAGGAGUCCGUGGUCUUACGGGUAAAACUGGUGAACCAGGAAACCCUGGGCCUAUUGGGUUGAUGGGAGUAAAGGGAGCACGUGGAGAAGCUGGUCAAAAGGGAGAUAUUGGUUUCAUGGGUCCACCUGGAAGACCUGGUGAAAUUGGUCCACAGGGUCUGCCUGGUAGCGCAGGUCAGCCUGGCCCUCAAGGUUUACCUGGAAUAAAAGGAACAACAGGAGAAGCAGGACGAUCUGGUUUACCUGGAUUACAAGGACAAUCAGGACCACCAGGAGCAGACGGUGUGAAAGGAGAAAGAGGCUCUGAAGGACCGCAAGGACCGAUAGGUCCAUUUGGACCACCAGGUCAAGCAGGUGAUAGGGGACUACCAGGUCUUCCAGGUCCACCGGGGCCAAUUGGAUCACAAGGACGCAGAGGUCCUCCAGGUGAAACCGGAGUUGCUGGAAAUCCUGGUAAAGAAGGUCCAACAGGUCCACAAGGUUUGCCUGGAAUGUUAGGCCCACCAGGACCAGCCGGAGAACAAGGGCCGGAAGGACCUUUAGGCAAGCCAGGAACUCCAGGUCUAACAGGAAGACAAGGAGACAAGGGGCCACAAGGGUUACCAGGAUCACCAGGAGUUUCAGGCCUUCCAGGUCAACCUGGCCAAACGGGUCCUAUAGGUCCCAUUGGUUUGACUGGUGAAAGAGGAUCCCGUGGUGAACAAGGUUUACAAGGACAAGACGGAACACCCGGAGAAAGAGGAAAACCUGGUGCAUCAGGAAUAGAAGGUCCAAAAGGAGAUCGCGGUGAUAUAGGAUUUAGAGGUCCUAAAGGACAUCCUGGUUUAAUGGGACUACAAGGACUUCCCGGUUUACAAGGACCUUCCGGAGAAAAAGGUUCACCUGGAGAACACGGAUUGCCCGGAAAAGAAGGAGAGACCGGUCCAAGAGGUUUUCCAGGAAGGGAUGGAAAUCCUGGCAUUCAAGGACCAGCUGGUCCCGUAGGUCCAAGAGGGGAAAGCGGCAAUUAUGGAAAACCUGGUUCUCCAGGACAACCAGGACCACCAGGACCUCCUGGUCCACCCGGAGAAGGCGUUGGAUACGAUGCAGCUAGUUUAGCUUCUCUGUUGUCUCAAGCUCAAAAUAAUCAAAAAGGACCAGACAGUAUGAAUGACCAACCGCCUAGAAUAUUUGGAAAGGAAUUGACUCUAGAAGAGACAAGAACAUUGAUCGACAAUGCUUAUGAGCAAUUGAAAACAUCCUUUGAAAAGUUACGUAAACCAAAUGGGCAAAAAUCGUCACCUGGUAAAACUUGUAGAGAUAUCAAGGCGGCUUAUCCAGAUAUGCAAAGUGGGCAAUAUUGGAUUGAUCCCAAUGAAGGUGACAUUAAAGAUGCUAUUUUAGUUCAUUGUGAUAUGGAAGAAAAAGCUACUUGUGUUUUACCUCAACCGACAAAAUCACCUGAAAUCCAUUAUGUCGGAACAGAAUCAGAAAUAUGGUUGGGUGACAUUGAUAAUGGCAUGAAGAUUACUUAUAAAUCGGACAGCACGCAAAUUUCCUUCCUCCAUCUACUUUCAUCGAAGGCUACUCAAAAUGUGACUUACCACUGCAAAAAAUCGGCAGCCUACUUCGAUGUCACGAGACACACCUUCAAGAAGGGAAUCAAACUGAUGGCUUGGAAUGAUAUUGAAAUUACACCAAAAGGAAAAAUAAAAUAUGAAGCUGUAAUUGACGAGUGCAGAUACCGGAGAGACUCAUGGGCAAAAUCAAUACUAGUAUAUUCGACAGAAAAACCCCAAAGACUGCCAAUCGUAGACAUUGGAAUCAGAGAUGCAGGAGAUAAGGAUCAAUCGUUUUGGGUGGAGAUUGGAGCAGUUUGCUUUUCAUAAAAGUAACUUCGAUUUUCGAACCAUCGAGACGUUUUUAUAAGUACAACAAACGAAUGUGCUUCCAUUUUAGAAAGUACUUAUAUUUAAUUUAUAUUAAGAGAUCUAAGGUGCUAUAAUAUUUUUGUAUGUUAGAAAUAUAUUUUUUUACAAAAUUAAUAAAGCAGAAAUUAACUGUAAUAAGUGUUUUCUUUUUCUGAGCUUUAUUUAUUUAUGUGAACAUUUG